GGCCGGUUCAACGACGAAGACAUCGUAAUGCCGCGCGUCGCGACGCAGUACGAAUAUCGUCUUCGUCGUGUGUGCAUCGUGGUGUACUUCCGUCCUAUCUUUAAUCUCGCCGGAUUCUGCGUAUAGCCCAUUGAGCGACAUGGCGGUUUCGCUUUCCACCGAGGACAAAUUGGAAUAUCACUUCUAUCCCGUGACGGCCGGGCAGAUCCAGUUCCGGGUAAAAGCGCCGAACGAUGCCCACAUCGCCCUUACCACCGGACCCCAGGAGGGAGAGCCUAUGUACGAGGUCUUCAUCGGAGGAUGGAGCAACAGCAAAUCCGUCGUGCGCAAGAAUAGAAGCAGACCGGACGUGGCAGAGACGGAAACGCCCGGCAUCCUGAGCGCGGACGAGUAUCGCGGCUUCUGGAUCAGGUGGAACAAUGACGUUCUCACGGUGGGCAAGGAAGGCGAGUCGGCUCCUUUCUUGAGUUACGCUGACCCGGAGCCAUUCGGAAUCAGUCACUUCGGCGUUUGCACCGGCUGGGGUGCCACCGGUGAAUGGCUUCUCGAAGGUCGCAAUCCUUUGAACACUCCUAACAAGCUGCAGUACAAGUUUCAUUCUGUGCGAAGUGGCUCGGUGCUGAUUGACGUGAAAGCUAAGAGCAACGGGCACAUCGCGCUGACCGACCGGAAAGGCGAGUCGAGUCCCAUGUACGAGAUCAUGCUCGGCGGGUGGGAAAACAAGGCAUCGGCUAUUAGAUACGAUCGCAAACAGCCCGACAAGGUACGCGUGGACACGCCGAAUCUUCUCAGCGAUCGCGAGCACAAGAGGUUCUCGAUCACGUGGCUCGACGGCCUCAUCACGGUCAAAUCGGGCGGCCCGAACGGCGCCGUCCUCAUGGAAUGGCGAGACCCGAACCCCAUCGGCGUGAGCUACGUGGGGGUGCGCACCGGUUGGGGCGCGACCGGAAACUGGAAGCUUCGUUUCGAACAUUACCCCGCACUCCCCGCUACCGGUCAAAAGAAACAUUCCGAUACAAGACCGUCCGCGCCGCUGGGGGUUCGUGCACUCGACGCAGGAAGCGUUUGCUGGUGCGACGCGUCCGGCGGGAUGGUACCACCCGAUGCGGUCGAGGGUGGACACGACGGCGAGUCUCUGUUCGUCGGUAGGGCUCAACAUGAGGGUGCCCUCAUCCCUGGCAAGGUGAAGCCCAGUCAUUCCGUUUGCUACGUCGCCUGGGGCGGCGCCGAGCAUGGAAAGUCGGACUACCAGGUUCUUUGCGGCUGCAGACCCACGUGGGUGCCGAUAAGCGGUGGCAACAUCCCGGCGAACGCGAUUCCAGGAGGCGAGACUGAAGACGGCGAGCCGCUGUUCGUCGGCCGCGUACACCACGAGGGCACCGUAACUAUCGGCAAGGUGCAACCAUCUCACAGCGUGUGUUAUAUACCUUUCGGCGGUGAGGAGGUCGCCUCCUCUGAGUACGAGAUCAUGGUCGGGCAAUAAUCGUCACGAGAGAUCCUGCGGCCACAAACAAAAAAAUCCGAUGGUAUUCAUCAUCGACUUAUCGACAGUUCUACAGAGAAGACAAUAUAGCCUUAAAUUUUAAGCGACAAUUUCAAUAUCUAAUUGUUAUAUAAAAAUAUUGUUGCCCUUUGUAAAAAAGAAAAAAAAUUGAACGAGAUUUCUAGAAGAUUCUUUAGAAAUCUUGAUAAUUUAAAAAGAUAAAUUUAACAAUUUGUGUGAGUCUCAUUUCUGAUCUGUUGAAUUUUUAUCAAUGAUAUGUUUGUUAAUUUAUUAAUCUUAUUUGAGCGAAAUUUGUUACGAAAUAUACGAAUAAGGAAUCUCAUGUGUGCAAACUAGUCUAAUUAUAAUACAUAGUAGAUAAGUCGAUUUAUAACAUUGAAGAAUAUGAUAGAACUGGUCGAUAAGCCGAAGAUGUACUAUUGGCUAUCGUCAACACAUGCGUCUGCUUUUCGCACGGAAUAUAAUUGCAGUCACGCUAUAGAAAAAGAAAGCAAAUAAAAAACGACGAUGUAUAUGCGCUAUAUAGACAUAUAUAAAUAUAUAUUUUUUUAAUUAAUGUCGGAUAUCAUCCGGUUAAAUUAAUUGUUUCGUCGUUUCUCCAUCAGAAUGCGCGCGACGAUUUAUAGAUACGUAUUUUUAUUUAUGGUAGAAGCUACCGUUUUCUAACGCAUAAUAUACUACAUGCUUUUGUCAAAGAGUAUAUUUUCAGAUUAUGUAUUGUUAUGACAAAUAAAUUAAACGUACAUUCAACAA